UGCUGGCUGCCAAAAACAGCCUCCAAGAAAGAGAAACUUUAGUUUCAUCUUCCCCAGAGCCUCUUUGUGCAGGGCUCCAGACAGCAAGGAAGAAGGCACUGGCAGAGGUUGCUCACCAGAAGAAGAACAACUAGGAAUGGCUGUCCCAACCGUUGUGACGAUCCAGCCCCAGUAUGGCAUGGCCGUGCCCACUGCCUCGAGAAACCUAUGGCAGACAGGGCUGAUGGACUGCUGCUCGGACUGCGGCGUGUUCUGCUGUGGGUUAUUCUGCUUCCCCUGCCUGGCUUGCCAGCUCGCUGGGGACAUGAAUGAGUGCUGCCUGUGUGGGACCAGCGUGGCCAUGAGGACCCUCUACCGCACCAGAUACAACAUCCCGGGGUCCAUUUGCUCUGACUGCUGUGUCAGCAUGUGGUGCCUUGUGUGCUCCGUUUGCCAAAUGAAGAGAGACGUCAACCGGAGGAAGGAGCUGGGCAUAUUCUGAUGCUGCAGACCUCUCUGUACCCUGGAGAGCUGCUGCAGGCAGGAGUCACUGCAUUCUUGGCUGUUGGGAAAUGUACCAUGGAGAGGUUGCCUUGACUGUAGUUGGUUUCCCUUUCCCCAGGUAACAGCGGCAAUAAACAACAGUUUGUCUUCCUA